GUUAUGAUUAUACUUGUCUCUGAAAAAUAUUAAUCGACUUUAUGUUAAAUAUGAAACGAUUUUCCCAUUCUUAUUACCAUUAUGUUUAAUAUAUAACAGCAGUAGGGAAAAUCAUUUGCAAUGCUUAAUCGUUGGAAUAAAAUAAAAUAUUGAAUAAAUUUCUAUCGAUUCUUCUAAAGGUAACGACAAAAGCAGGAACGACUUCCCAGAUUUUCAAUGGCAUUGGCAAUUUUUCCGCACGUUUUGAAUUGCGUAAAACGACAACCAGUGCAAAUAAAUAGAUAUCAUAAAUGCAUACGACUAUUAUAUACAUUAAAUGACGAUUCCUAUAAAAGGUGUUGUAUGUUUUACAAAUUGGACCCUUAUAUUUUGGAUUAUAAUUACCAAAAUACGCGACACAUCCAUAAUAAAAACAUUGUACAUUCAAAAAAUUCAAAGCAACCCAGAAUUGAAGAUCUAGAUCGUGCUUUCAGAGUUUUACAAGAAACUUUGCCAAAAUUAUUUAUAGAACCCCUGGACUAUUCGAUAUACAGUCCUAAUUUGGUAUUCGAAAAUAAUAUUACCGGUAAACAAACAAUAGGAUUGUACCAUUACGUGAAACAAAUCGCACUUUUGCGAACAGUAGGACAUUUGAAAUAUGCUUACGUCAAGUUUGAAGUGCUUAAAAUCACAAAACAUACUGAGGAUUAUACUGUGAAAAUUAGAUGGAGAGUUCGUGGCAUAUCUGGACUUAAAGUUAUGCUUUCAUUUUGGAAAUAUAAACUAUGGCAAAUGAAAGAAGUUUUUGACGAGCAAGAGUCAUGGUAUGAUGGAUUUUCAGUUUGUUAUUUAGGACCGGAUGGUCUUAUACAUAAACACGUUGUGGAUAGAGUAAUGCCAGAUGAAAAUAAAAAAAUAGUUGAAACCGAGUCUGCGCAAAGUUUGCCAACCGGGUCCGUGGCAGUCACAUCGCCGAAACUGUAAAUGUUGCUGAUUAUGAAGUAGCAAAUUAAUUAUUUAAAGCUGUUAUCAAAUGAGGAAAGUAAAUAAAUACAACUCUACACUUUUGUGUAAUUCUAUUUAGUAAAUUAUUAAA